UUAUGUCUUCCAAGUUAACGAAGUAUCUUACAUUUAUCCAUCAGCAUAGCGUUUCAAUUUUCAAUUCCCAAAGUGAUAAAACUUGCAGAACUCAGAAACUCCGUAUGGGCUCCAUUGACGAAGAAAGAUUGCUCUUGGAACAAGGACGCACCCAGAAUGAGAGCAGUCAAUUGUACACAGGAGAUGGUUCCGUAGACAUUAAUGGGAAACCUGUUCUGAAGCAGAAUACUGGAAAUUGGAGAGCAUGCCCUUUCAUACUGGGUACUGAAUGUUGUGAACGUUUGGCCUACUAUGGAAUUGCGACCAAUCUUGUUUCUUAUCUUACCAACAAACUACACGAAGGAAAUGUUUCUGCUGCAAGAAAUGUUACCACCUGGCAAGGCACUUGCUAUCUUACACCUCUUAUUGGAGCCAUCUUAGCUGAUGCUUAUUGGGGAAGAUAUUGGACAAUUGCUGCUUUCUCCACAAUUUACUUUAUUGGAAUGUGCACAUUGACCCUUUCAGCAUCAAUUCCUGCACUAAAACCUGCUGAAUGUGUGGGUUCUGCCUGCCCUUCAGCUACUCUGGCUCAGUAUGCAGUAUUCUUCUUUGGGCUUUAUCUGAUUGCGCUUGGUACUGGUGGUAUUAAACCAUGUGUUUCGUCCUUUGGGGCAGAUCAGUUUGAUGAUACUGAUCCUAAAGAAAGAGUAAAGAAGGGGUCCUUCUUCAACUGGUUUUAUUUUUCUAUCAAUAUAGGUGCUCUGAUAUCUAGUAGUUUCCUGGUGUGGAUUCAAGACAAUGCUGGGUGGGGUCUAGGAUUUGGAAUUCCUGCAUUGUUUAUGGGCGCUGCAAUUGCAAGUUUCUUUUCAGGCACUCCCCUCUAUAGAUUUCAAAGACCAGGGGGAAGCCCAGUUACAAGAAUGUGUCAGGUUUUGGUUGCUUCAAUCCGUAAGUGGAAUUUGGAGGUACCUAUAGACAGUAGUCUCCUUUAUGAAACUCAAGAUAAAAACUCUGCCAUUGAAGGAAGUCGAAAGAUCGAGCAUAGUGAUGAACUUAAGUGCCUUGAUAAAGCUGCUGUGCUUUCAGAUACUGAGAUCAAAAGUGGGGAUUAUUCCAAUCCUUGGAUGCUUUGCACUGUAACACAGGUGGAGGAAUUGAAAAUUUUAAUCCGUAUGUUUCCCAUCUGGGCUACUGGAAUUAUAUUUUCUGCUGUCUAUGCCCAAAUGUCUACAAUGUUUGUGGAACAAGGGAUGAUGAUGGACACAUCAAUUGGUUCUUUCACCAUUCCUCCGGCCUCUCUUUCAAGUUUUGAUGUUAUCAGUGUUAUUUUCUGGGUCCCCAUCUAUGAUAAGUUCAUUGUACCUAUUGCAAGGAAGUUCACAGGCAAGGAGAGAGGCUUCUCAGAGUUGCAGCGAAUGGGAAUUGGCCUCUUUCUUUCAAUUCUGUGCAUGUCGGCAGCUGCAUUGGUGGAGAUUAACCGGCUACAGAUUGCAAGAGAGCUUGGGCUGGUUGAUGAAGAUGUUGCCGUGCCAUUAAGUAUCUUUUGGCAAAUUCCUCAAUAUUUCUUGUUGGGUGCUGCUGAGGUAUGUACAUUCAUUGGGCAGCUUGAGUUUUUCUAUGACCAAUCUCCCGAUGCCAUGCGAAGCUUGUGCAGCGCAUUGUCACUUCUGACAACGUCAUUGGGCAAUUACCUGAGCUCAUUUAUUUUGACAAUGGUAACGUACUUCACAACUAAAGGUGGGAAAACUGGAUGGAUUCCGGAUAACUUGAAUGAGGGUCAUCUUGAUUACUUCUUCUGGCUUUUGGCUGGACUCAGCUUCUUUAACAUGUUGGUGUAUGUUGUUUGUGCCAAAAAGUACAAGAAGAAGAAGGCUUCUUAAUUUUUUUACGGAACUUUAAAUAGAAAUGGUGUGUACAUAAAAUCUGCAUGUUCUGCAAUCAGUUGAAGGUUCAAAAGCUAAUCUAUUUUGCUUGUAAUGGUGGACUGAAAAAUGAUGUACGUAAAAUAAUAUCUAAUCUAUUCUGCUUGUAAUAGCUACACGUAUGUACUUUAUGUUAUUUGUUAUUUGUUAUUGAU